AGUGUGCGGCAGCAGUGACUAGGGAAUCAGGUUUCCUUCAGGAGUGGAGAGAGGGGAGGGAAGAGGAGGCUUUCCUUUUGGACACUCCCAGUUCUUUAAAGCCCUAAACUAACGGUCCCUGGACUCUCCUUGAUUCUGGAUCUUACCGCGCAGUGCCAGUGUGACUUACACAUCUACCUGACCCUAUACUCUCGGACUGGACAUCCAGGACCCUGCCCCUCAGUAUCUGAGGCUCUCCAUACGAGAGCUGCCUCCUGAAGAGUACCCACCUCUGGAGGUCUGACUCAUAUCCCUAGUUGGAUCUGUACUUUUGCAGCACCUUUCCAUUGGCAUGAUUCAAGACUAGCAAUGGAUUCUGAAGGUUCACUUACCCAAGAUGAUCCCCAUGUCAAGGUGAUGAUGACGGGGUCAACUCUGAGAAAAGUCAAGUCCCGUAUGUGGAAGAGGCAGCGACAUUUCCGCCUCCUGGAGGACGGCCUGACAAUCUGGUACAAGUCCAGGUGGGCCGGGAAAGGCCACUCCACUUUCUCAGUUACUGAGGUGGAGGCCGUGCGUGAGGGCCACCAGUCUGAGGUUCUGCUGAGCAUUGCUCAGGAGUUCCCUGCUGAACUCUGCUUCACCUUGGUGUUUCAUGGUCGGCAAGGCAACCUCGACCUUGUAGCAGACUCGCCAGAGGAGGCCCAGGCCUGGAUCCAGGGAGUCCGCAAGCUAAUUCACAAGGCUCAAACGAUGGAUGAGAAGGAGAGGCUAGACCAAUGGGUCCUGGACUGGUUUCAGAAAGCUGACAAAAACAAAGAUGGGAAGAUGAAUUUCAAAGAGGUGCGAAAACUGCUGAAGAUGAUGAACGUAGAGAUGAAUGAGGACCAUGCUCUGCACCUUUUCACGAUGGCUGACAAGUCAGAGAGUGGCUCUUUGGAAAUCGAGGAGUUCGUCCAGUUCUAUAAGAUGCUGACUCAAAGGGAUGAAAUUUGGAAGGUGUUCCAGGACUACUCCGGAGAUGGAGAGAAGUUAAUGUUAGAAGAGCUGGAGAACUUCCUAACGAUAGCACAGCAGGAGGGAGAGCAGAGUGCUCAGCAUGCUCCGGAGCUGAUUGAACGCUAUGAACCAUCUGAAACAGCCAAGAAGCAAGGCGCCAUGUCAUUCGAUGGCUUCCAGAUGUACCUCUGCUCACAGGAGGGCUCCAUAUUUAAACCUGAACAUCGGGAGCUUCACCAGGAUAUGAGCCAACCGCUUAGCCACUACUUCAUCUCCUCCUCACACAACACAUACCUCCUGGAGGACCAGCUCCGAGGACACAGCAGCCUGGAGGCAUACAUCCAGGCCCUAAAGAGAGGUUGCCGUUGCGUAGAGGUGGACUGCUGGGACGGCAAUGAUGGCGAACCCAUUGUGUAUCACGGUCACACUUUGACUUCCAAGAUUCUUUUUAGAGACAUCAUUUCAACGCUGAAAGAAUACGCCUUCAAGGUAUCAGACUUCCCAGUCAUACUGUCCCUGGAGAAUCACUGUGGUGUGGAGCAGCAGACAGUCAUGGCCCAGCACCUUAGUCAAAUCUUGGGUGACACACUACUGACCACCCAGCUGGAUGAGCAGGUCCCUCAAGAGCUUCCUUCUCCACAGGAACUGAAGGGGAAGAUUUUACUGAAAGCCAAGAAGAUUGGUGGACUAGAAGAGUGCCUCGAUGAUACCCUGACAGAUGAAGUUAGCGAUGAGGAGGAGAUAGCCAACAAUGACGACAGUGAAGACCCGCCUGCUGAAAACCACAAUGCAAAGACAUCUAAGUCCAAGCUGUCAAGGGAGCUGUCAGACUUGGUGGUUUACUGCAAGAGUGUGCACUUCCAUGGCUUUGAGCAUGCUCGUCUACAUGCCAAAUGCUAUGAAAUGUCCUCAUUCUCUGAAUCCAAGGCUAAGAGGCUCGCUAAGGAAGCAGGGGCAGAUUUUGUGCAGUACAACACCAGGCAACUGAGCAGGAUCUACCCCAGUGGCCUCAGGACAGACUCCUCCAACUAUAAUCCGCAGGAGAUGUGGAAUGUGGGCUGCCAGAUAGUGGCUUUGAACUUCCAGACAGCUGGUCUGGAAAUGGAUCUGAAUGAUGGGCUGUUCAGGCAAAAUGGCUGCUGCGGCUACGUCCUCAAGCCUGACUUUAUGAGAGAUGGCAACACUCAGUUCAGUCCAGAGAAACCAGAGGAGCGACAAGGCUACAAACCACUCCGCUUAUCCAUACAGGUAAUCAGUGGGCAGCAACUACCAAAGGUGAAUCAGAAAGAGGGCUCUAUUGUAGACCCACUGGUCAGAGUGGAGAUCUAUGGAGUGUCACAGGACCAGAACAAGGAAGAGACCAGUCACAUUAACAACAAUGGUUUUAACCCAGUGUGGAAUGAAUCUUUAAAUUUUGUUAUCCACACCCCUGAGCUGGCCCUGGUUCGCUUUGUGGUGGAGGACUAUGAUAAGGCUUCCAGAAACGACUUCAUGGGACAGUUUACACUUCCGUUUACGUGCAUCCAAGCAGGAUAUCGUCACAUACACUUGCUCUCUAAAGAUGGAACACCUAUCCCUCCCUCCUCCCUCUUUGUCAACAUCAGCAUCUCUGAGUUCACAUGAAGAAGUCAAUCUGAGGAUAUGAGGCUAGAAGGGGGUCAGAGUCCAGUGUCUUCAUUUGCUUGACGAAAGAUGAGAGCAGCAUGCACCAAUAGUUGUAUUUCAUAUUGGUCAUUUGCCCAGGCUUAAAUAGGGCAUCAGUAGAAUAGUGGAAAAUGUAUUAUAUUAAACAUUCCCCAGUUACCUAAAAAUAGCAAUCAGCAGAUAACGAGGAUGUUGUAUUUCUGUAACAGAGGACUUGUUCAUUACUGGUAGGGACACAAUAAGGUUGAUGCAUCUCCUUCCCAAAAUUCACCAAGAAAUUGGACAACUACUAAGAAAGAGCUAUCCAUGUAGUACCAUGAAAACUUUUUAAGUUUAAAGGAAGAUGUCUGCCUCUGUGUUCUUAAUUCAACUUUUAAAUGAAAACAGCUUUUAAAAUGUUCAUUGUCUAUGAAUGAAGUAAUGGGAAGAAUUGCUGCAUGUCUCGAAUGUCUAAAUAUACUGCUGUUUGCCUUUAAAUGGACUGUAUAUCUGGAAGUAACAAUACCCAGGAAGUAAAACAUGUAAUACACAAAUACAUUGCCAAAUAUCAGUAUUAUGAACUUAUUAUUGUACUCAUAGCCUUUCAUUAUGUUUUACAAUUAAGUGCCUGCUUGAGUUCUUUCUUUUUACUAAUGUACAAUGUACUAAUGUCAUAUGUAUAUAAAGUGUAGGCCGGUAAAUAUAUUGCAAUACGUUUUCUGAAUGGUUGAACACCACGGAAUAAAGUUCUGCCAUCAACAAA